AACACACGGAUAAUGAAUCGUAUCCGUUCGAUCACUGACAAACGCCUCCAGGAGCAUGCUAUAUAUAGGUUUCACUUCUUAACUUUCAAGAGCUUUAGAUUCAUUUCCCCUAGAUUCAGCCACAGUUGGAAAAAAAAAAAAAGUUGUUCGAGAUGGCACGUACGAAGCAAACUGCUCGUAAGUCCACAGGAGGAAAGGCACCUAGGAAGCAGCUCGCAACCAAGGCUGCACGUAAGUCUGCACCAACUACUGGUGGUGUGAAGAAGCCACAUCGUUAUCGUCCUGGUACCGUUGCUCUUCGUGAGAUUAGGAAAUACCAGAAGAGUACCGAGCUUUUGAUCAGGAAGCUCCCCUUCCAGAGGCUGGUUCGUGAAAUUGCUCAGGACUUCAAGACUGAUCUGCGUUUCCAGAGCCAUGCUGUGCUUGCAUUGCAAGAAGCUGCUGAGGCAUACCUUGUUGGACUCUUUGAGGAUACUAAUCUGUGUGCCAUUCACGCUAAGCGUGUAACUAUUAUGCCCAAAGAUAUCCAGCUGGCAAGAAGGAUUCGUGGUGAGCGUGCUUGAUGUGGUGGUGGUGGUGGUGGUUGUGAAGAUGAUGAUGGGUGGCUGCGGAUGGUGUUUUGUUAUUCAGAUUUCUUUUUUAUUCAAAGAUAGGGUUGUUAGGGAGUAGGUAUUAAUUGUGAUACGGGCAAAUACUGCUAAGUGUCCAUGACUGUGUCUUCUUCCUUUCAGAAAAUUGGCAUGUAAUUGAUUUUUGGACAUAUGUGUCUGUCUGUCAUAAUGUUUAUGUUUUUACGGGAUGUGUGCAGCCACUUUGGACAACAUUCAGUUGCCAUCUAAUCUCGUUUAAGCUAUGUUUCUUGUGCUUUGCCUUGUUCUUAUCGGGAGAUCUAUCCCAGUUGUUGGUUA